AUGGCUGACGCUAUCUCCAUAACGUCCCUGAUUAUCGAUGUUGGCGAUCUCAUCCAUCGCCUCCUAACAUACGCCAAGAAAGUCCGUGAUGCGAGCUCCGACAUCCGCCGACUGACCGAGGAACUCUUCGGUCUCAAAGGGAUCCUGGAACACCUGAGCUCGCAGUUUGAGUCUUCCUCGCCGCCAGAGACAGAAAAAUUGGCUUCAGCUGCCCCUGAGCCGCUGAAAAGCACACUGGACAAGGCAAGCGAGUCGGUCCAAUUCCUCCUUCAAGACCUAGAAGAGCCAGCAAGCAGGUUGAGGAGAUUGAAACAAAAGCUGGAGUGGCCGUUCACCCAGGAACAAUUCACUACCCACCUCACUCGCCUAGAACGAGUGAAAUCUUGGCUGAUUCUCCUUCCCACAAGCGAUAACCUUGCUUUUCAGCGAGAUCUCCACGGAAAGAUAACAAGGCUGGCAAGGUCCCUGGAGGUAGACCUUAAGAUACGAGAUGACGAGAAAACUCGCGCGGCGCAUAACGAACUGCUUCGAUGGUUAGUCCCGGUCAGCCCGUUCAGUAUCCACCAGCAAGUCUCGAGGGACCGAGUCGAUCAUACUGGAAAGUGGUUCGUUCAUACGUUCAAUGAUUGGAUUAUGAGUGACGUCGUUGACCGGAAUAUUCUUUGUCUCUUGGGAAAGUCCGGAAUUGGCAAGACCACUCUCUUUGCCCACGCCGUCGACCAGCUGGCUGCAAUCAGUGUCAAGGACCCCAGCAUUGUCUUCGCCUACUUCUAUUGCAGAUUCAGUGACGCCAACUUUCAAAAUCCGGUGAAUAUCCUAGGGUCGUUAGUGGCACAGAUCUCUGAAGCAGUGCCGUCAAUAUUGGACAAUAUUCGGCCAUUCUUUGAAGCUACAGAGUCACAUCUACAUCGACAGCCGAUCGACAUGAGUGCAGUGGCAGCUGCCAUAAUAAACUGUACACCGAAUGGCAGAAGGGCCAUUCUCUUGAUUGAUGCAAUCAAUGAAAGUGCAUCCUAUGAGGAGCUCAUACGCUCAUUGCUGAAUAUUUCGGAACUUACCCCAAACCUUCGAAUCUUCGUAACCGGAACCAAUGACAUGAUACCCGAAAGCCAUGCCAGGAUCAUAAAUAUGAGUUCCAGUAUCAUCAGGGAUGAUAUUGACACAUUCAUUCGCUUCAGAUUGCAGCACGACUCGACACUCAGAAAUUUGAGUUCGCGUUUACAGGCUCAGGUGUGGGAGGCUCUUAUGGAGGGUACUGAUGGAUCAUUCCGCUGGACCCAGCUCUCUUUGGAGAAUCUCGCCUCCCUCAGAACCGCGAAAUCCAUUCGGGAGGCAUUGAGAACACUCCCAAAGACAUUAGGAGAGGUCUAUAUCCACAUGCUCGAGCGAAUCAGUCCUAGUGACAUGGAGCUUAGCCGUAAUACUCUGUUUUGGCUCAGCUUUUCGAAGCGACUGCUCACCCUGUCGGAGCUGAGCGAAGUAGUCGUGCUAGAGGAGGCAUGCACGGUGCUUGAUGAAGACACCAAGCUGAUCUCUCCCCGGAUCCUGCUCCAUAUCUGUCAGGGGCUCAUCACAGAGGAUGAGUUCGGAAGAGUGAAAUUAUCCCAUUCCUCCGUCAAGGAGUUUCUGACCUCCGACCGGAUCCGCACCUCGAGCGUGCGGUACUUCGGUUUGGACCCGGCAACCGCCGAUCAAACCAUGACUCGCCUUUGCUUGACCUAUCUGUGUCUCGACGAUUUCCGCUCCGGGUACGCAUGGUCAUUCGAUGAAGUAGCCGCACGCGAGCACGAGCACCCCUUCCUAUCAUACGCAGGCGCGUUCUGGGCGACCCACGGCGGAGCCUGCGAUUUCGACGCGGAUGGCGACCGUCAGCUCGUCAACAAGCUUUUCGACUCGCGGUGUCUGCCACGCCAAGGUAACUACGGUGUCUGGGUGCAGACGCUUAUCCCCGAGGCCGAGAACCAGGUCAUUGAAACCACACAUCCGCUGUAUUACGCCGCGUCAUUCGGUCUAGUCCCGGUCGUCAAAGCGCUCCUGGCAUCUGUGCCUGGUCUGGACGUUGACGCGCCCGGUGGCCGCUAUGGAUCCACGCCUCUAUUUGUAGCCUGUUGGCGGGGACACUACGAGGCCGCGGGACUUCUUCUCGAAGCCGGGCCAGACCCAUAUCUCCCGGACAGCGGCGCAGGUGUGACGAUUUUCUCGCUCCCGCACUCGGCUCAAUUUGCCCAGUUGUUGGCGACUGUGCUUAGUAGACGGAAGCAGGGCACAGGGAGACAUUUGACUGCUGCGCCUCACGCAGAUAAUGUUAUGCCGAGUGCAGGGGCCCCACCUGCGCGUGGAGGGCUUGCGAGCCACACAUUCCAGGGUAUGAACGGGACUCAAGAGGCAGCAGAUGCCCCGAACGGGGAUGACACCAACGAGUCCGCCGACUCUGCCGAGCAGCAGCAGCUUGCGAUCAAUUCCCUGGUCGUAGUGCCAUCGACGAUCGACCCGACCGUGGAAGGGUUCGAACAGCAGAUCCGACAACUGUUCCCCCGGCUGGACCCCCCAGCGUUGGUCCAUCGACUUGCGCGCGAGCAGCUCCGCCGAUACGACAGACUUGUCGCGCUCCAGCGCGCGCAUUCGGCCGCCAUUCGCAACCGCUCCUGUCCCUCCGGUCCGUAUUGCUCUGCUGUCACUUCUGCGAGAGGAAUCGCCUCCAGAGCAAGCGGUGGCCCCUGCUUUACCGCGCAGUUCGAGUGUCCCACCUGCUUUCAGGUCAAACAGUUUCAGAAAGCUGUAGACUGGCCGAAGCACGUCGCUGACGAUCUGCAACCGUUCACAUGCACAUUUCCCGACUGCGCGAACCCACCGUCGUUCAAACGUAAAGCGGACUGGGUGCGUCAUGAGACCCAAAGGCACUGGCAGUCGGAGAAGUGGGUCUGCUCCUACGACGGCUGCGGCUACCAGUGUUUUCGCCAGGACAAUUUCGUGCAGCAUCUCGUCCGGGAGCACGAGAUGGCCGAGCCGAGUGUCGAGAAGAGCAAGGCCAUGACGGCCACGCAAAUAGCUCCUGAUGCAGAACGGUAUCUGGAUGUUGAGACUCUGUGGGGAUUGGUUCGAAAGUGUCACCAUCACAGCCACACAGCUUCACAACAGGAGACCUGUCGAUUCUGCGGAGAGACCUUUGACAGGUGGAAAAGACUUAUGGUGCACGUGAGCAGACAUAUGGAGCAGUUGGCUCUCCCGGUUCUGGGGUUGGCGAAGCAAUACGCUGGUGGUGUCGACAGGGUAGCCUCUCUUCACCCGACAGACACUCAUCAUGACGUAGCCGCGAUUGAUUAA